AUGUCCCCCAAACGAAGCCCCGUUGACAAGUCCUUGGAUCAUGCCAGCGGUUUCUAUGGCAACUUCAGAAGCAGAUGCAGGAGCGAUUUCACCGAAGAGUAUCGUCAAGCAGCCCGGCCGCCACCUCCUGCCCGCUUCCUGCAGAGAAUGAAGGAAACCCCUUCCAAGCACAUAUUCUCCAAGCACGACAACAGGCAUGCCUUCCCGGGAUCAGCGCUGUGCUUUGAGAACGGCUUGGGGCGGAAGAGAAUCGAGGGGAGCCUGCCCAGCACCCAGAACCUUAUAGACUGGAUCCCCCUGAAGGAGGAGCUGCAACGUGAGAGGCCGCUCGUCUCAAGCUACCAGGCUGACUUCAGCACCAGAGACCAAGUCCCCCAGAUGUUAGUUCCUCGUAACCAAGGGCGAGGGCCGCCCCUCUACCGCACACCCAGCACCACCUACCAGCACACAUACCGGAGCUUCUCCUUGCACAAUCCCAUCCUCGGGGUGUUAAAAGAGCAGGAGGUGGCCAAAAACCCUGGCCCCGCCGCGCCUGCUCCUCCCACCUCGAGCGAGCCCACCAUUCCCAUGUCAAGUGAGCCCACCACCAAAGAGGCCAGGAGCAGCCCAGAAGCUCUUGCACCAGGAACCUCCAACAGGCACUGCUUGCGCCACAGGCCAGGGCGGCUGACGGUGUCCGACUGUUUGCACUGGUACAAUUGCUGA